UAAGAAAAGCCAAGGGGAAUUGUAUGCCUGGUUAAUGUUCAGAUAUUGGAUAUUUAUCUUAUUUAAAACCACAUUUGGAAGCCUUUAUGUGUUUACACCUGUGGAACAAUAUCCGAUCUGUGUCAGACCAAGGACUUUUAUUAUGGCACAACAGUAACAGAAAAGCUAAGAGCAAAGAUGGCUGCUAGACAUCUGCCAGAGAGUGAUCCACAUUACCAUUACAGUUUCAUCAAAAUAUCCCACUUAUUUGAAGCCUAGAAGUUUUAAAGAUGCAAGAUUAAGUUCUCCUUUUGUAAUAUGCAAAAAAUGGGAAUAAAACUAGCGCUCUGUCCCUUUACGAGAGCACAUGCAUGUUAAACAGACUACGCUGCAUGGAGAGAGAUGAUGAUGAGACAUAUGCAUGGAGAGACAUGGAUUAUCAUUCCUGUAUAAAGAAACUGUUGAUUUCUUGUGUUCCAAUGUGUGGAUUAAUACUUUUCACCAACAUGUAAAAACAAAAAAUGUGGGGAUUUUGCGCACUAUGAACACGGAAUGUGCGGGGACAGGCCUACUUAAAAUGUUGUGCAAGACAUGCAAACGUGAUUUUUUUCCCUGCUAUUUUCUUCACAUUGGUAAUAGCUGCUGCUAUGAUACUUGGAAAAGAGCGAGGACACUGCUAGGAGAGUGCGCUCGUUGUCUGCACACUCUUAUGCAUGCACAUGUCUGUGCCUUGGUGCGUCCAGUAUGAUAUGCAUUUGUGCAUCUUUGCAAUGCUUAAAUAGAAUUGCACUUGCUGGUCAGUUACAAUACUUUAUUUGCUCAGUGUAAUUUUUGUGCUCUCUUUCUUGUUGUUUGCUUGCACUAAUGUUAUAAAUGCAGCUCUGGCCCGAUAGGGCAAGUGACAGUUCUAGCAACUGGCCCGAAUCUCUCUCACACUGGCCCUGGGGCAUCGUGCAGUCCUUAUUGUCGAGCCCUGAUUGCUAUCAUCAGUUCACUAACUUGAUUCCAAUAUGUGAUUCUAAAUGGCUAUAAAAGAACAAUACACCAUUAUUUACUCUAGCUGCCUAGUCAGAACAUUUAAAUUCAACAUUUGAAUGUGACGCAUUUGAAUUAAACAUUUGAAUGGGACAUUUGAAUCUUUCAAACAGCCAUUUUCCUUUGAAAGAAGUCUCACUCACACUUUAUUUUUCUUUGAGAAAUGCAUGUGGUGAUUCUUAUUGGGCAACUAAGAAUUGUGGCUCUUUUGAGGAUUUAAAAAGUUAUUUGUGAUGGGUGCUUGUUAAUGUACAAUUGUUUAUGUCUCUGUACAUUUUACAACAGGUUGCUUAGUGCUUGCCUAAUAAGGAGUGAUUUGUUGUGCCUGAUUAAUCUAUGGACUUUGAGCAACUGGAGACUGACUAUACAGAGAUUGCAGGAAAGGAGAAAAAAAGAGAGUGAAUGAAAUGAAUAGUUGAAUCAACAUAGCAAAAGAGAAGGUCGGGGGGAUUAAAUUGUACAGAGGCAGGAGUAUAAUAACAAAACCAGUUACUGCAAGAUACUGUACAUGUAGAGAUUAAAAGUAGUGUGUGAGUCUGUACAGCAGUGUGUAAAUUAUAAAAGGAUUUGACAGUUUUUGGUGAGUUGAAGAUCGAAACUCUAUCAAAACAUUGGCAAACAAACUGUGCAAGAGAGGAAACUUUCUGACCACUACGGUAGGAGCCCAGAGAUAAUGACUGCUGACGAGAGAGAGUGGGCACACAAAGCCUGAGAAAGAGAGAGGGGACACCUGAGAAGACGUAGCGAGAGGGAGGACAGUGGAUCAUUAUGGGAGUCAAAUGCAAGGCUUGUACAGCCAUCUUCCUCAUCCUCCUUUUGCUUGGCACCAUGUGGCUAUAUGGGAGCCUGGACCAGCACCUGGAGACUUGUCUGAAAAUAUAUGUUCCGAAAUACAAGGCUGUCUCUUUGAACAGAGUUAACAGUUCAGAGGAAGGUGAAGCUCCACUGAAGGUGUGUCCUGGUCAGAGGUUUCAAGUUGCUAAUUUGCUGGCUCACCUGAAGGCUGCACCAGUCUCCACCAAUGAUGUGCUGCUAAAGCCAUAUCUAGCAAGCUGGGAUGAGCUCAUCAAGUUUAUGGAAGCCUUGGGUCCAAUGGUGGGUUUAAUUUCACAAGAAAUUGAAUCAAAGACCGCCAUCAUCCGAGAUCUAACCAGAAAACAUGAGAAAGAAGCAGAGAAGAGAAUGAAAGAUAAAAAAAGUAUGACUGUGGGGAGAAACACAGGCAUGGUGAUACCUCAUAAAAGACCUUCAAACUCUUCUAAAACUAAUCACAUACUCUCAGAUGAAACAUUUGUUUACAUUUCUAUUCGGUCUAUGAUUAAGUGGGAGAUGAAGAACGGGUUGGUAGACUUCCAGAAGUAUACCAUUUCAGGCUGCAGGACUCUGCUGCGUUUGCAUCGUGCUCUGCUUUGGCUGCAAAACUUCCUACAAGAAUUGGGGAAGGAUGCAUCUGAAGGAGAGCAUUUACGAAGACCUUCUGACCUCUGCAAAGAGACCUACCAACGUACACUUGCACAACAUCACACAUGGUUGGUGAGGAGAGCAGCAGAGCUGGCCUUUAUCGCAAUGCCUGAAAGACCUUUUUUCUACCAGUUGGUGUGUGUGGAGACACAGGCAGAAGCAGCUGUGGUGCUAGAUAGGGUGGUGAGAGCAAUAGAAGAAGUGUACAAGAGAACUGAAGGAGCUCUUGUUGAACACAAAAUGCUGGACCUUCCAUGAACAUAGAAAGAGAGAGGAAAGAUAAAGAAAAGAACUGUUAGGAUCACACUUCCCAUUGAUGCAUGUAGUUUGGCGGGGCCAACAUGUUGGCUUGGGUAUAGUGCAGUAUAGUAUUUAGUGCAGAAGGCUAAUUUGCUUUAAAUCUUACUGAUAUACUCCAAGAACAGGACAUUUUCUUAAAGAAUUAUAAAUGACCAAAUUCUCCAAGUGAGAAAGCAACCGAACAGACACUUUAAAAAUGAACAUUUGAAUUCAGAAUGCAGAAAGAGCUGAUGCAGAAAUAUGUCAAUUAAAUCUACUAUGACGAACAUGUGACAUUUUUGAAAAGGAUGGUGUUAGAAAGUAAUUUUUUUAAUAAACAGCACAAAAUAAAGUACUGAUUGGUUUACAUACUACUGAAUUGCAGAUCCUGUAUUUCCACACUGAAGCACAUAGAACCAUAUAAAUGGUCUAUGAAACUUAAAUAAAGAAUUGAUACUUUAUUCUCAGUGUGCAGAAAAAAGUAUAAUGGAGGAAAUUGACUUUUCCGUCUAGUAAACAUGCUGUGCUCAUUGUGUGUAAGCUUUUUGCAGGUGUUGCCCCCACAUCUUUAUUUGUCAAGUCUAAUAGCCAGUCAAAUGUUGAAAAGAUAUCAACACUGAUUCCAUUUAUAGUUGUUUGGCAAGAUACUACUGCUAAUAACAAAAAACAAAAAAGCUGAGAGGAAACCCUAAAAGACCAAAUAAAAAAAUGCUAUAGCCUUCUGUGACUGCAACUAACACUACAUUUCAAAUAUAGAUUAUUACAGAUAUUUGGCAUGCAUCUUUGAACAGACAUCGGACCUUCAAAACCCCUGUGCAUAAAGCAAUUCAUUGAUUUUUGUGAUGAUGUUAGCACAAUAGGCAUGCAUCAUGGUAGUACUGGUGCACUGGUAGAUUUGAAAGAUGCAGCAAUGCAAGCACAGCAAACUUGAGAGGUUCAAGUAAUUGUACUAGGGAUGCACCUAUCCGAUACCUGGAUCGGCAUCGGCUCCGAUACUGACGUUUUUAAAUGGAUCGGGUAUUGGUCCGACGAGCCGAUACUGUGUGUUAGUCAUGUUCGUUACCGUCAAGCUAAAAAAAAUGACAUAAAAUAACAAUAAAAACACAGUUAAAGCAGUUCAUAUGACUCGCGUAUUUUAUUCAAAGCCACCUGAAGGUGUGUGGUAGCUCUGUGAAUCACAAAAGGCUGUGUUUAAUAAGUAAAUAUAUAAAAUGCUCGUGCAGCUCCAGCGCAUCAGUGAAUGGCGCUGCUCUUUUUACACACACACACACACACACACACACACACACACACACACACGGCUAUGUUUAUCCUUCACACGGUGUGCAAUAUUUAAUAUAUAAUAAACAAAAUCUCGGUUGUAGAUGCUCAAUAGUUCGGUUCACUUAUAAUAUGCAUUUUGAAUGGCACCGGAGGUGGAUUUUUACCAGAAUCUGAAUAAGAAGCAAAUUAAACUACUGUUAACUUGCCUACAA